AUUUUCUUUUUGAAGUCUGUUAUUCAAAACAUGGUUUAGAUUUUUUUGCAUCAUUGGUCUGCUUGUGCAUCUCUUACUGGUGAAAUUUUGCUAGUUAUCAAACAGUCUCGUGAUGGAUUUGUCAUGGGGGAAGGAGCAGGAGUUCUGCUUUUAGAAGAAUUGGAGCAUGCUAAGAAAAGAGGUGCAACUAUGUAUGCUGAAUUUCUUGGUGGAAGCUUUACUUGUGAUGCUUAUCACAUGACUGAGCCACACCCUGAUGAUCACAUUAGUAGUAGUGAUGAAGGAUUUAACUUUCUAUGAAUGUUACAUGAGCACAGCCCAACAUUUGGACCUGUAUUUUGUCCUUUAACAAGUUGGGCAUCUUAUCUUUGUUUUGCACCAACAUGUAAUUUGCUCUGCAAAAGUAGAGCAUAUAAGUAUAGAACUCAGUGGUUUUGAUUGUAUUAACUAUUUCUCUACAUCAUACUGUUGUAGUAUUGCUCUUGAAUCAAAAGAAUCUGCUAUC